AUGGCAGCUGAUGACACCGACGAACUUGCGGAGGAUGAGCUGGCCAAGUGGAUGGGGAGGGUGCAGAAGAGGAAAGGAUUGGCGUUUUUGAAGCACGAGCAGACCGGGCAGUCAGCGCUGAUUGCAGGUAUUCGGAGAUCUUGCUGCAUAGAGAAGCUCAGAAUCCUCCUGCAGCACAGAGACUGCGCGAAGUGUGGCGAUAAAAGCGGCCUGCCUCUGCACAUUGCUAUCCAGGUUGGCUCCAAAGCCGACACCUUGACAGUGCUUGUAAACACGUACCCUGAUGCCUUGAAGGUCCCCGACGUGCAGACGCGGCUUCUGCCCCUGCACAUGAUGCUCGACAACGAGUCUUUCAACCAGGAGACAGUCAGCGUGUGCAGAUUGAUGCUGGAGUUCUAUCCGGAGGCUGCACAGAUCAGCUGCAAUGACCGCCUAGCGUUCCACAUCUGCCUGGAGAGGCACCUGCCAUGGGAGCUGACCGAGCUCGUGCUGUCGAAGAAUCGGUGCGCGGCUGCGACCCCGACGUCUGGCAUGCUCCCCCUGCACACGGCCGUGCUUCAUAAUCUGGACUCCCGCAUCAUCAGCAGCCUCAUCGCCGCGCAUCCGAGGGCGCUGCUGCUCGAGAUGCCAGGCAGCGGAAGACUGCCGGUCGAGUACGCGAUCGAGAAGAAGGCCCACACGACGGUGAUCCUCAGCUUGAUGAGCGGCGUGCCCAGCGGCCCCUGCGCGGAUCCGAGGGCCGUCGCCUACGCGUGCGCGUCGACCCUGGGGUUGGUCACCGAGACACCUCGGGCGGCCGACGUGGACUGCUUCUCGCACCGCGUCGUGCUGCAGGUCGUGUUGCAGAACCUGCCGUUGCAGGCGGUGCACAUGGAUGCGGUGAAGGGUAACAUCCUGGAGGAGCUGGAGCGGAGCGUCCGCGAUUCCAUGGUCUCUCUGCCGGCGGGUUACCGCGUGGAGCUCCUGCACCCCGAGUUGGCUGGCGGCGUCCCGCAUCAGGCAGCGACGCCUGCCAACAUGAGAAAGUCUGGGACGCUUGAGAGCGCGUCCUCCAAGUGGCGGUGGGAACGUCAGGGGUCCUUAGAGUCCAUGCAUUCCGUGGCGUCUGCGCUGAUGGGGAGCCGCCCUUUCCGCGAUCAGCACCACGACAGGCCUACGACCACGGUGUUGGUUUUGGAGUUUUGCAUAGACACCGACUUGGGCCUCGGUGAGAGGCUCACGGAGGAGCUGAGGCUCGUAAGGGAGCGCGGUAUCCUCAAGGGCGACGCCGAGGAGAGGAUCAGACAGCUCUUGAUGUUCGUGACGAGCCCUGACUACGAGGGAGAUCUCGCAAGCAUACAAUUCGAGUCCGCGGUCGAGGACUUCCGCGUCGACGUGGGCGAGGCCCAGUUGACCACCAUGUCAAUCCCGAUACCUAUCGUGCCCCUGGGCGGGGACAAGUUCACCCUGCACAUGGGGCUCGAGGACACCGUCGAGGACAUCAAGAGGCGCGUCCGGCGCCGGGGUUCGAGGGCGGCCCACGCGCAGAGGCUGAGGCUGCCCGACGGCAGCACCCCCGCCGACAGACUGGCCUGCACCGACCUCGUGCAGAUGCUCGCGGACCAGGCCUCGCUGGAGGACGGCGGAGGGGCCCUCCGCCUGGAGGAGUCGCACGAGUUCCUGCACCUGGCGCUGCGGUUCGCCGUGGACGAUCAGAUCGUGGACGAGCUCCUCGCCAGGGGGGCUCACAAGGUCAGGGAGGCGGACUCGGAGGGCGUGCUGCCGCUGCACCUGGCGAUGCUCAGCGGCGUCUCGGAGAGGGCCUGCGAGCAGCUGCUCGGCUGCUACCCGGAGGCGGCCAGGGCGAAGCUCCAGGGGCACGGCUGGUACCCGCUCGACCUGGCCCUCGAUCGGAGGUUCGGACAGAGCUUCGUCCACGCUCUGCUCGGGCACGUGAAGCCCCGCGACUGGACCCAGGAUGGUUUCUACAACCCGGAGGGCGCCCGCCUCCACAAGAAGCUCCGGCUGCCUCUGCACGUGGCCGUCCUGAAUGGGUACCCCGCCGCCACCCUGAAGCUGAUCGAGAGCAGCGGGUGCCCGCUGGACGCCGCAGACGCGGUCUCGGGCCAGUCGCUGCUCGACUGCGCCCUGAGCUGCAACCGCGCCGAGGAAGUCCAGACCAUCUUUCCGCACAUGAUGGGCUCCGUCGGCGACGUCUACGACGGCAGCCGCCGUCGGUUGCAUCAGGCGGUGGUGGCUGGAGCUCCAGAGAGCAUCGUGCGGCCGAUGUGCAAGAAGUGCGGGGGCGAGGAGCUCCUGGUGCGCGACCUGGGGGGCAACCUCCCAAUCCACCUGGCCUGCGCGCACGGCGCCACGCUCGUGAUCGUCAACGUCCUGCUGGAGUUCUGCCCCGACUCCGCGCGCCAGCCUGACAGGAGAGGCCGCCUGCCCAUCCACCUCGCGGUGGAGAACCAGGCGCGGCCAGGGGUCAUCUCGGCGCUGCUGGCGAAGGAUGAGGGCAUGGUCAGCGCCGUGGCGCCCUGCGGGCGCAGCUUGCUCGAGCUGGCGGCGAAGGUGGACGCCCCGCCCUGGGUCACCGCGGAGCUGGUGGAGCACUGGCCAGAGGACGCGCUCGAGUUCAGCCUUCUGCGCGGAGCCUGGCCCAGGAACGGGGCCUCUGCGGACAUCCACAGACUGCUGCGCGAGAGGGAGGAGCAGCGGGAGGCCCCGGGCGCGCUGGCGGAGCCCGGGCUCCCCGUGCUGCAGCGGGCCCCAUUGAGGGACUCGCGCGGCAGCGCCAGAGGUGAGGGCGCGGCAAGCGUAGUGGAGACGGCCGCGCAAGGCCCGCCGUCGGAAGGCGCCGGCGCGGAGGAGGUCGAGGAGGAGGGCACCUUCUCGUCGCUCUACAACGGCCUGGCAAGCGUGUUCGCGUGGUCCUGA